AGCGAACUUGUCUGUAGUUUUCUUAAAAUACAUCUGUACACGUUUUAAGCGCAUAUUUUCAGACCCACCGGAGAAUUGGGUUGUAAGUUUUUUCGUUAAAUGAACGACAUUUUCCUUAAUGAUGUUGAGAAAGUAUGAACUUGAUGACAGUUGAGUGAUAUGUGAAGAUGAAACUUUUACCUGCGUUUGUUAUAAAUUUUCUUGUUUCAAUAUCGAUGCACGAGUUAACAUGUGAUAACACGUGUAAAGUUUAUAUUGUUAACCGAGCUUAAUAAUAUUGGAUUUUAUUGCUAUACUUUAUGAAAUAUGCGUAGACUAAAAGCUAUUAAGCGAUUAAAAAAAUUCUCCCAUGGCGUCGAAAAUUGGCGGUUUUUUUGCUUCGAAAAUAAAUUAAACUUUUAGUUCAGUUUCGUGUGAUUGUGUUUGGUACGGAUGCUGUAAUAAAGAUGAUAGAAACCGUGUACAAAAUUGUCCAUAUAAUGGAACAGCGAAGCCGGUCGAUCUUCAGACAAGAACAGUACUGGAGAAAUGGUGUCCAUACAUGUUAACAGGAACUGAAACGUCUACGUGUUGUGAUGCCGAGCAGAUGAAAAUAUUUGACGAACAAAUAUUACAAGCGAAAGCAUUUUUAGGUCGCUGUCCUUCGUGCUUUCAAAGUUUUCUGAGGCUGUUCUGUGAAAUGGUGUGUAGUGAAAAGCAGUCAGAUUUCAUUAAUAUUACUUCAACACAGAAGAAUUUAAACGGAACCGAAUACAUAGCCGGAGCAGAAGUUUUUAUCUCCGAAACAUACAUUAAUUCUACUUACGAAGCCUGUCGUCAAGUUUCCUUUCCAGCAUCAUCUGGAUUAUUGGCAAUGGAUAUGAUGUGUGGAAGUUGGGGAGCCAAUAAAUGUACUCCUAAAAGAUGGUACGAAUUUAUGGGAUCACCGGCGAAGAAUCCUUAUGUACCGUUUCAAAUAGAUUUUUUGACCCAGCUUCCUGAAAAUUCUACGCUUGAAGUUUUGAAACCAUCGACAUUCAGAUGUAACGAAUCAGUUGAUGCUUCAACAUCACCGUGUAGUUGUAUCGAUUGCGAGCAAAGUUGUCCGGUGUUUUUCAAUUAUAACCCUUCUUUAGAUGGCUCAACUAGUAGAACACUAGUUUAUGAAUAUCAUGCGAUUGUCUUUCUAUGUGGAGUAAUUUUUAUCGCUUCAUUUUGCGUGAAAACGUUCUCAAAACGAGAAUAUCUUCAAGUGCAAUGUUUUGUGAAUGGUAAAAAGAAAAUAGAUACAUUACAAAAUAUCGAAACUGUCGAAUAUUUAAAUGGAAAUACUACUUGCAGUCAAUUAGGUAUUUAUGAUGAACAAAAUGAACCUGUACGAUUUGAAUAUAUCGUAAAAUAUGUUUUAAUUCGUUUAGCUGAAAAAUGUGCAACUCAUCCGUGGAAAGUUUUAUGUUGCGGACUCGUCGUGAUUUGUUGUCUAAGUUACGGUAUUACGUUCGUGGAAAUUGUCACAAAUCCCGUUGAAUUGUGGGCAUCUAGUACAAGUCAAUGUAGAAAAGAACGUGAAUAUUUCAAUGAAAAUUUCGGUCCAUUUUAUAGAAUACAGCAAGUCAUCGUUUCUGCCAAAGGCUUAAAUAAUUUUUUUCAUAAUACCAGUAACGGACCGGUGGAAUUUGGGCCUGUUUUUCACGAAGAAUUUCUAAGAGAUUUUAAAAAAUUACAAGAUGAAAUAUCAAAUCUUGGCAAACCUGAGGAAGGAUUGGAGAAAAUAUGCUUUUCACCUUUUGCAUCUCGAGGAAAAAAACUAAAAACUCCCGGAAAAUGUUUAAUUCAAAGCGUUAUGGGAUAUUUCAAAGUAAUCAAAUUUGAUCGUCAUAAAAUGGAGAAAGGAUUCAACAUCACGUACUUGGAUCAAAUUUCAAAAUGUGUUCAAAACAUGUUCCAUCCUUAUUGCCUCGCUCCUUAUGGUGGUCCGGUCGAUCCAGCUAUUGCUUUCGGAGGAGUUUUAUCGAACGGUAAAACUUUGUCGAAAUCGUCAUCAUUUCUAAAAGCCAAUGCUCUGAUUUUGACCAUCUUAAUUAAUAACCAUCAAGAAAAUGCGAAUUUGACAGCAGCUUUAAAAUGGGAAAAAUUGUUUUUGAAUUUCAUGGAAGAUUGGAUCAAAAACAAUAAAUCCGAAAAAAUGGAAAUUUCAUAUUUCUCCGAACGUUCAGUUGAAGAUGAAAUUGAUCGAGAAUCUCAUACCAAUGUAUUGAUAGUGAUUUUUAGUUAUUUAGCUAUGUUUGUCUAUGUGGCGUUGAUGCUGGGAAAUUGCAGAUUUAAUUCUAAAUUCUUGCUGGAAAGUAAAAUUGUUUUGGGCUUGAGUGGCGUUGUGAUAGUACUUUCUUCUGUGAUAUCGUCCAUAGGAUUGAAUAGUUUUCUCGGAAUUAAAGUCACGUUAAUCGCUUUAGAGGUGAUACCUUUUUUGGUAUUAGCAAUUGGAGUUGAUAAUAUAUUUAUAUUAGUUCACGCUUUCGAUCGUUAUCCUAUGGAUGAAGAUGAGAAAUCAGUAGAAAAAUAUAUCGGUAAAAUUGUUGGAAAUGUUGGACCUUCGAUACUAUUAGCUGGAUUCUCGGAAUCUAUGUGUUUCUUUUUAGGUACUUUAUCCGAUAUGCCGUGUGUUAAAGCAUUCGCUCUGUACGCCGCAGUUGCUAUUUUAAUGAAUAUCAUUUUGCAGCUAACUUGUUUUGUUAGUUUACUUUCUUUAGAUUAUAAACGCAGACAGAACAACAAGUUGGAUGUGUUUUGUUGCUUCAAAGUGGAAAUCGAAAAAUUCAAAUCAACCGACAGACUGAUGAAUUUUUUCCGAAAUUACUGCACUCCUAUUAUUAUGCAUAGGGUUACUCGACCAGUCAUUAUGAUAAUCUUCGUAUUAUGGUUUCUAUUGAGUUUAACAGCAAUGCCUUACGUCGAAUUGGGAUUGGAUCAGGAGAUAGGAAUGCCUGGAGAUUCUUACCUAUUGCCAUACUUUAGGGAUUUAGGCAAAUAUUUGGCCGUAGGCCCGCCGGUGUAUUUCGUAGUUACCGGUGGUUUAGAUUUAACUAAUACAAGCGUUCAAAAUACACUCUGCAAUGGACCGUUUUGUAAUAUCGAUUCAGUUACCAAUCAAAUAUAUGCAGCUAGUUUGCAAAGCAAUAGAACUUUUAUUAGUAAAUAUUCUUCGUCUUGGAUCGAUGAUUUCUUUGAUUGGGCGACUAUUAGUACGUGUUGUCGAACCUUGGAUGGGUCAUUCUGUGAACACUCCAGCGCAGAGUGUGAUACGUGUAAUAUUGAAAGAACGAACGACACAAAUCGACCAAUACCAGCUCAUUUCAAUAGAUAUCUUCCUUACUUCCUAGAAGACAAUCCUGAUGCCGAUUGUGCCAAAGCUGGCCACACUGCUUAUGGGAAUGCUAUAAAUUACACCGUAAUUGGAAGUAAUUCUUCGCUAGUUAGAUCAUUUCAUUUUAUGGCUUACCAUUCAGUGCUGAAAACAUCCAAAGAUUAUUAUUCCGCUCUACGAGAAGCUCGAAAUUUAGCUGACGGUAUUUCACAAACCAUUCAUUCUCGUAUUGAAAACUCUGAACAUGUCAGAGUAUUCCCUUACAGCGUUUUUUAUAUUUAUUACGAACAAUAUCUGAAUAUUUGGAAAGAUGCUGCAAAAAGCAUAGGUAUUUCGCUGUUUGCAAUUUUUGUGGCUUCAUUGUUGUUCACAUUUGGAAACGUAAUCGCUUCGUUGACCAUUUUAAUCACGGUAACAAUGAUAGUCGUUGAUCUCAUAGGAGCGAUGUACUUUUUGAACAUUCAGCUCAAUGCUGCCUCAUUAGUAAAUGUCGUAAUGGCGAUUGGUAUUGCUGUAGAGUUCUGUUGUCACAUGGUUCAUUCGUUCAUAAAAUCAAAAGAAAAAAGUCGAGUAACUAAAACUAUCGAUGCGUUAAAUAAUGUCGGGUCUUCUGUAUUUUGCGGUAUUACGUUGACGAAAUUUGUUGGAAUUUCGGUUCUUGGAUUUUCAAUUUCUGCCAUAUUUAGAAUAUUCUAUUUUCAAAUGUAUAUGGCGAUUGUGAUGAUUGGUGCUUUGCACGGAAUAAUAUUUUUACCGGUUUUGCUCAGCUACUAUGGGCCUUCGAAUUCAGCCCAUCCUUUGAUUAGAAAUGCUGUAUCACAUCGACACUGAACCUGGUGCAAUAUUAAUAUGAAUGUGACGUUUUUAACUGUGCCGAUUUUUUUAAAAUGGAUUUUUCGUUACCUUUUAAUGUUGUUUGUUGAAAUUUAUCGAUAUUUAUGCAUUAAGUUUACUUUUCUUGUGAUUUAUGCUGUGCUCUAAUUAAUAAAUAGGUAAGCCGAGAGAUUAAUUACCUAUCUAGUUAUUGUACGGAAAUCUUUUUUAAAUGCAAUACGUUUCUUCGACGUAAUCUUGUGUUCCUUAAUUGAGUAUACUUACUUAUUAUCUUUUACGUUGAUAUUUUGUUUUUAAUACAUUUUUUUUACUCGA